AUGAUGCCGUCGCAAUGUCUACCUGUGCUUCUUGUUACCUUUUUGGCGACUUCAGUUCAAGCUCUCAAGUCUUUGGAUCAAUUCAUCAUUGAGCUGGACCAGUUCAUUCCGACUAUUCAGCAGGAGAUCGACUUUCUUUCUACUGGAGAAUAUGCUGAUGCGGUAAGUUUUCUGUUAACAAUUUUCGAACUUUUCGGAGAAGCUAAAAAAAAAAGGGACAUGAAGUUCUCAAAGUUAAAAUUUACGCAUGACCUGACUUAAGACUGAAAAAAUUUCCGUUCAUAACGAAAAAAGGUCUGUGGAAAAUGGCAAAAAUGUUCUGCUUUCAACAGGAGUCGAACCAACAACCUUCUGAGUAAUGAAAAAGUUUCAAACCACUUAUGACGCUCCUUGUAAGGCUGAAUUGUAGAAUUCAAAAUCGGCAAAAAUUUUCUGCUCUCGGCGGGGAUCGAACCAACGACCUCUCUUAAAAACUACUUUUUAGCAAGCCCUGCAUCAACUCACCUCCUUCUACCCAACAUUAUACCUAACGAUCCAGAGGCUUAGAGAGGUUCGUGUGUAGUUUGAUCAGCUGUAAUGGGGAAUUUGAACGGAUUCAGACGGGAAUGGAAGCGGAGAAGAAGAGAAUCACGACUGGCGAGAGCCGAGGAAAAAUGUGCGGAAAAAUGUUCCACUUCCAGUAUCAUGACGUAGGAAAGAAACGCGACGAAGUCCUCAAGGCCAUCACCGCAAAGAACGUCACUGUUCAGGUUAGACCAUUUACGCACAAGUUUUGACCGUAAAAGGAAAGCCCAUUUUAAAAGUCGCCAACUUUCCUCAUUUACACUAUACUUUUAAAAAAAGUGUGAAAUUGGUCAAUUUUCGGAGCACUAAAAGUGCUCAUUUUCAAUCAAGUUUUUGUAGAGAAGUCAAUUUCUGUUUUCAUUUCUGUUCUAAAUGCAAAAGUUUCAUUGCAAGAAAAUAUAGAUAACAGGAAAUUCAACUAAAUAAUAAAAAAUCAAGAACGAAGAAGAAUAAAAAUUUAUUCGAUUUCAUACAUCAAUCAAGAAUCCACUCGCUUGGUCACAGGUUGGUAAGUUUUUUUUGUACUGCGGGGGAGCCAUUCUAGAACUUCCCCUAUACUACUCCCAAUUCACAACAAAGCACUCAAUUGAUAUGAUAUUUCUGGUCGUUAAUUAUUCUUGAUUACCUACUUGAACAGAAGAACAUGUGAACUCAAAAAAGGAACCGAAGGUUCAAGAAAAAGUCAAUUUUUGAGUAAAAACCCGAUUUUCAGAGCGGCAAGCUAUUGCUCCACGCAAUGAAGGCGUCACUUGAGGAAUGGCGGGCCAAAUCUCUGGCGCCUUGCGUCACGAAACAACCAUAA